AUGUUACUUUAAACUUGUGUUCUAGCAAUCGCUCUUUUAUUAUCUUUGGCUUAAGAAGAUUCAGAAUAUGAACUAAAGAGUAAAUCGAAACGUUAGACAUAUGAUGAUCCAGUAAUUUAUUGAUUUUAAUGAUUCAGGAUCCAUAUAAGAAUCUUAUUUAGUGGUUGAAAGAUGGAAAAGCAGAAGUGUCUAAAGUAUAAAUAGAAGUAAAGAGUGAAGGUUAUAGAACACUUAAAGCUUCUCAAUUUAUUAGAUAAGGUGAGUGGGUACUCUUUAUUCCUCGCACUCAUUAUCUUUCUUUAGAAGAAGUUAAGAAAAGUUGUCUAAUUAAUAGAAAAAUGAUUCAAUUGAAUUAUAUUCCUAACAAUAUAUAGACAUAUUUUGUAAAUCAUUUCCUUUAAGAAAAUAGAAGGUAAAAUUGAUAUAUUAGAUUUAACUAGAUAAAAUUCUUUUUGGAAACCAUACAUUGAUGUAUUACCAAAAGAUGUUAGUGGAUUUCCAACUUAUUUUGAUGCAGAAUAAGAUGCAUUACUGAAAGGAUCUCCAACUUUAUAUACAGUUAUGAAUUAAAGGAAAAUAUUUAGAGAAGAAUAUGAUAAUUUAAAAGAGGCAGUAAAAGAAUUCUAAAGAUAUGGAUAUACUUAUAAUGAUUUUAUUAAAUUUAGAAUUCUUACUAUCUCUCGUAGUUUUCCAGUGUAUAUAGGUGAAAAUGAACAAUAAUAAUUAUUAGUUCCAUUAGCUGGUAUUUAAUUUAAUAUUUAUUAUAGACUUUAUUAAUCAUGAUAAUAAUGGAUUUUUAUAAUAUGGGUAUUCUCCUGAUGCUGAUGGAUUCUUUAUGUAAGCAGUCAGAAAUAUCUAAAAAGGAGAAGAACUAUUUUAUAAUUAUGGUUAAUGGUCAAAUAAAUAUUUUUUUAUGAACUAUGGAUUUGCUAGUUUAACUAAUCCAAUGAAUUAAUUUGAUUUUGAUGUUUGUUUGGAUAGAAAUGAUAGAUUGUUUAAUCUUAAAAUUGAUUUAACUAGAGGGAAUAUUUGUUGGGGAAAUAGAUUAGUUAAUGAAACUGAUCAUGAUACAUUUAGAUAAUCUUUGGCUACUGUUAGAUUUGCUUAAAUAUCUAAAUUAGAUGAUUUCUUGUAAUUAGAAGAGGAUGUUGAAAAUUAUAAUUAAUUUUGGCCAGGAUGGCAUACUACACCUAAAACUAUUGAAUUAGAGAAAGCUACAUUUAAAGCUUUUAGGGAAUUAUUAAUUUCUGAAUUAGCUAAUUUUGCUAGUACUAUAGAAGAUGAUUAAAGAAGAUUAAAUGAUCCAUCUACUCCUGAAUUUAGAAGACAUAUAAUUAUGUUGACAAUGAGAGAAAAAUAAAUUAUUAAAAAGAAUAUUGAAGUUUGUGAUAUGAUGUUAUCUGUUAUUGAUAAGAGUUCUGAAGUAUUUUAUGUUUAUUAAAUUUUAGGAAUUAAAAAAUUUGAUGAGAUAUUACAAUUAUAGAGAAAUAGCUAGAUUUGUAAAUAGUGAAAUUAUUCCUAUGAGAUUAGAAUUAGAAGGACUUGCAUGA